GAGGAGAAGCCGGAAAAUGGCGGCUUCGAGGGUGUGGCGGGCCUUGAGGGGCCUGGUCCUUCUCCUCACCCUCAGCCUGGGGCGGGCCCUGGACCUUCCCGAGGUGUGUUCCGAGUGUCCCGGAAGCCUGCAGAAUAGCUCGGAGGUCGCCCGUUACUGUGAUAAGGAGCCAGGGCUGGAGUUGCAGAAUCGCUGCUGCCUGACCCAGCAGGGCACCAUUGUGGGGCUCGAUCUUCAGAACUGCGCCCUGGAGCAUUUGGUCCGCCACUUCCCUCAGGCUCGCACUGCGGUGGUCCUGGACCUGCAGGGAAACCCUCUCCAGGAAUUAUUGGCUUCCUCCUUCCGUGGCUUCACCCAGCUCCAGACUCUGCUGCUGCCUCUUUCCGUGGACUGUCCUGGGGGAAGCGCCUCUUGGGACAACAUCACCCAGUCAGGCGGCAGCCAAAUCUGCCAGAGGCCCAAGAACACUUGCGGUGGUACCAUGAAGGCGGCUGUGGUUUGCCCCGAGAAUUCGCACUGUGCCCCCGACGGACCGAGCCUCUUCCAGUGUCUCUGUGCCGACGGCUUCCACGGUUACAAGUGCCUGCGCCAGGGCUCCUUCCCAGUACCUCUGUUCUUCGGAAUCCUGGGAACCGCUACAUUUUCCAUCUCCGUUUUGCUCUGGGGGACGCAGCGCCGUAAGGUCAAGGUCUGACCCCCCGGGGGCUAUUCCGGGCUUAGCCUCGGCCAGCCGCUGACCCGGAGAACUGGGACCCCGCCACCUCCUCGGGAAGAUCCCCCUCAGGGGAUGGAGAAGGAAAGGUAGAUGGCACUACCUUAGGGAUGCAGGGAAUGGGGAAGGGAAGCUGCAGGCAGCUUCCCCAAUCUAAAGCAAAGGAUGGAAAGGGCGACUUGGUGGUCUAGUGUUCGGAACUCGACGUCCGUUUCUAAUAAACACUAUUUUAGGGAAA